UGCGCAUGUCCAACGCGCACCUCGAAUGGCGUCGAGUUGUUAUUGUUGAAAGAGUAUAAACUAUUUCCAAUAAGAUUAUGUUCGUUUUUAAUAUAUUUUCGACGAAAGUUAUAUGUAACGCAUAUCAGGGGACGUAGCGCGUAGGGGUCAGUAGUGAUUUAAAUGAAAAAAAACUGUGUGCUGUAAAGUUUUAAGUGUGUCACAUAGAAUGGGAGUGAAAAUAAUGUAACAGGACCUCCUGCGAUCAUGGAGUAUCCAACCAAGUACAAAUGACCCUAUGAUGGAAGCAAACAGCGACGGAUGCAGUCUCACAACAGUAGUAACUUGUGAGGGAGACCUAUCGGAUCCGUGCUUCCAGGGACGGUUCGAGAGCGUACUGGGCACGCUGCAGUGUUUAAUCGGGGAUCAGUUAAAAGUGCGCAAACUGGAACCGUGGAACUCCGUGCGUGUAACGCUGUCCAUCCCUCGAGAGGCAGCGUUGCGCCUGAGGCAACUCGCCAGCGAUGGCUCGCAGCAGCUUCGCGCGCUGGGCAUCCUCAGCGUCCAGGUGGAAGGUGAUCAGGUCAUCUCGCUACGGAUAGCCGGCCCGUCGGAAACGCAGGAGAUCAUCUUGCAAACCGUGCAAGAUGCGACUCCUGGACCCAGUUCAGUGCCUACGGAAACGGCAAAUCUGUCGCAACUCCUGCAGGGAAGUAGCCAGCAUCCACCGGAGCCGGCUCCAGCCCCUAGUGAAAAAGUGCAAUUCCCUUCGCCAAACGUGGUGUGUCCGGCGGAUUCGAUCGUACCAAAAGUUCCACAAACGUCGGUCGCGCCCAGUUUGGCGCCAUCGACCAACAAGCCCUAUGCGGCCCCUUUCCCUUUCACCACGAUGAACCAGGCUAUAGGCACAAGUACAAAUCAAUAUCCGCAAAAUCCACCGCCUCCUUAUCCUGGUAGUAAACAUCAAUCGGUGAAUAUGACGAGUCCGUUACUCGUAAAUCUUCUUCAAAACGAAGGAGUACAAUCGCCCAAACAACCGCCUGCUCCCCCUGAUUUGGACGUGAAUAUGGUUAACGGGUUGGGGGCUGGACCACCUCCUUACGUUCAAAACAAACCGCCUCCACCAUUUGUACAGAAGACGAUACAACCGCAGCAAAGGAUAGUCAAACAACCUCAACUCCAAAAACCCGUGAAUACAAUUUUUCGGCAAAACUCCACCAUGAAACCAAUUCUACCAUUAGCGUCACCUACCAACACCGCCCUCACCACUCCUAACAUUCAUCCUUCGACCUUACCCAUAACAUUAGGUAACAGUAACAUACCUAAUUCACCAUCAACGCCCAAAACGACGGACACCAUUGUUAAUUUACAACAACCACAGCAAUCAAUUGCUGUACCAAAACCCACCGUAACGAAUAAUAAUGCUAAUAGAGCCGUGCCUUACCGUUCAUAUCCACCUUAUAACAACUCUUGGGAACAACCAGCGUCGAUGCCUCAGGUCCAAGAGCUAACGCCCACCUUGCCUGAUCUGAAAACCGAGUUGGAUUUAGACAAUCUUCUUCCAACGUUGGUGGGGAGCCCGCCAGACAUUCCUGAGGAAGUUACCGACGCGCCCUCGAGACCCAAGUACCUUAUUAACCCUUUAACGGGGGAAUUAGAACCGCAAUCGAGUAGCGAUAGUGAAGACGAUGUCCCGAGCGACGUUUUCACCGAUUUACCAUCGCCAACGAUCAUGUCCGAUGAAGAUACCAAUUCAACUCACCGGCCGGACACGACGGAUCAGAGCGAUAGUGAAUCGAGGUCGUGUCACAGCGACGGCGGAAAGUACAAACAGCACAAGAAGGUUCGCGAAAAGGGAAGAGAUUCUCCGAGCAUCAAACAGGAGAAAAUUAAGCUGAGAUUGAAACUGGGAAAGUCAGAACCCGUGAGUCCCGCUUAUAAGGUAGAUGUGAGCUUUAUUAACACUCAACAGCCGAAAAAGGCGGUACCGGAGGAACCCAGGGUUCCGCCGUUACAUAUAUCGUUAAGGGGAAGAAACCACGCCGUGAUUAACAAUCGGAAGCGGGUGAAAUUGAAUCCCGAUGGGACGCCAAUGAAACCAAAGGUGAAAAAGGUGCAAAAGGACGAAUUGUUGGUGACGGGCGGUAGUGCGGGUGACGUUGACGUGACCACAAUAAACAAUGCCGUUGAACAAUUGAAAAGUGACAUCGGUGAAGUGAAAAAGGCGAAAAAGCCGCGCGACCUCAGUGUGUUCAAUUUCAAGGAGAAACUAAAGGAACGAAGAGGCAGUGAUUCGGAACUCGCACGAACCGCGAAGAAACAUGGCGAAAGUAAUGGUGUCUUGAUUGACAAGAAACGGAGGCUAAGUCAAACUGAAGAAUCUCAAACGUUAGUGCUGGGAUCGACCAAUACGGGCACAGUGUCCUCUCUUUCCUCUAGCCAUAAACCAAGGAAAGAUAAAGUGAAGGUUAAAGAUGCCUUAAAAUUGAAAGAUUUGAAUAGGUGUAAGAUUUACAAUAAGAAUACAAUGGAAAAAUUGACAAACCAAGUGCCGUUGCCUACAACUGGCGACAUAGACAUGGAGGCUAAAUUUAAGCAGCGCCUUUUAGAAGAACCGACACGAUUGCCCUCUAAACCUGUAACACCCAACAAUAAUCUGGGAACAAGUGAAAAUAACGGUACGAUAGAAAGUUUAAAUGUGGAAGAUCUCAUUCACACGUUAACAGAUCCUGUUCAAGUUAAAGAUAAGCCACCCGAACCCGAUAAGUGUAAUACGCCAGAUAGAAAAGCGGAUAUUACUGAAAAGCAACCAAGUCGAUCGCCGAAUUCAGGAGGGCAAGGGGAGGAUAGCGGAAUAGAAAGUAUGGAUGCUCUUAGUGAAAAAUCACCGAAUCAGGCGAGUCAAAGUCCUCACGCCGAUAUCCAAGAUAACCUAAAGCCGAAAACUCAAGUGCCUCACAUAUUGGAUAUCGAGGCACAACUUGCAAAAAUGGAAGGCUUCACUGGUGACGAACUUCCCGAGACAAAUCACAAUAAUGAAAUGAAAGAGCAAUGCUGCGGUUUAAACAAGGAACCGGAGGAACCACCUUUGAAGAAGGAACAAAAAAAGGAAGAAGAUUUAGACCCUUUACCGGUCAGAGUAACACCUCCGCUUUAUACAUAUUCCAAUCCUGACAAAAGUCGGGCAGAUAGUCCCACUUCGGACGUAGAAACAAACCAUUGUGGAACCGUUAAAAACAAAAGCCUCCUGGAACAGUUACUAAUAGAUAUUCCAGAAAAUAUUCAACCUAGUUCAACAAGUCCUGCGGCUAGAUCCGUACGGACACGAGCAUCCUCUAAAAUGAACAGUCCCGAACUCAGCUCCCCGGUCCUAACAAACAAGCAAAACACCAGAGCGCCUCCGACAACCAAACGGAAACGACAAGAAUCCGACAGUUCUAAUAACAGCAUCGAGGAAUCGCGGACCAAAAAACAACGGAAAUGUUCUGAAAACACCAAUGAACUUAUCAAAGCUUGUAUCGGCAUCGAUCCGCCCACAAAAACCACUGUCAACAACAGUAUCUCCAAGAAGAAAUCGGAAGAAAGUUCGGACAGCGACGAACCGCUCAUAGAAUACGCGGGGAAAAUGCGGAAAAACCAAGCGAACGUUAGUUCGACUAACACGGCGGGAGGCAAUACCGGAAGUGGCGUGCAGAGGAAGAUGAAACCGCUAGCAAAUAGUGUGGGCGGGGCGGUUGUGGGUAACGCGAUACAGAACAAUAAAACGGUGCCAGUAAAUACUAGACGGUCCAUUCGUGCUCAACCGGCGCUUAACACACGCAGCAAAGGUGAUAAAAGCCAACCAGACGCGGAGAUGUUAAGAAGGAAAACAAGAAGUGCUGUAUCAGAAGGUGAAGGUAAACGAAGAAAAGACGUUAAGUGACAGUGCCCAGAGGGCUGCAGCAGUUGUAGUCUAUGUCCCGGGGCGGAAGAGACGUCGCCAACGGUGUCAGGGGGCACGACUGAUCUGCUGCAGUCCCUAUACGUAACGAGUACCGAAGUGCAGCCUUGAAUACUCCGGCGGAAAAAACAGUAUACAGUAGUACAAAACCUUCCGCUGACAUUGUAUAGAAUGUGAUAUACCCUGUACAUAGUUAGGUAAUUGUACAUAGUUGUGUUGCGUCCCCAGACGCCGAAUGUGAGCGAGAGAAAACGAGAGAAAUAAAUAAACACAGAAAAAAAUAAUCUAAUAAUUAACAAAAAAAAUUAUGAUUACGAAUCAUAUACAUACGAGCAGAAAAAUUUAAAUAAGGAAGACGAUUUUUUGUAUACAGACGAAGAGGGUAUGUGUAUGUGUAUAUAUAAAUUUAGUGAGCGCGCGCCAACACCGCCCUAUACAAAAUAAAAAAUAAAUAAAAUGCAAAAAUUCUUAUACGAAAUAUGGAUCCUUAUGUAUACACAUUGACAUAAACAUUAAAGAGAAAAAAAAACGAGGAAAACAAAAAUAAAAUAUACUUUUACUAUUUGCAUUUUCCGUGGAUGAACAUUUAAUAAUUAUUUUAUUUCUAUGUAUAUUUUUUAUAAUUAUCGUGAAGUUGUUGACAUAUUGUUUAUGUUGUAGCUUAGUUUUCUUUUUUUGUUUUAUUUAAAAAAAAUGAUAAAGCCUUAUAGGAAUCUUUCUUGUUUCUUUGCGUAAAAUGACUUGUAAUGUUCUUAAUUGUAGAAUUGUGGAAAGGUUGAUGAAAUAUAAACUAUAUAUUGUUAAAUAGAAAUAUCUUAAUAUAUUAUGGUUUUCUUCUA